CGCAAUACGUUAUAAACCAACUGAGAACGACAUCUUCAUCGCAACCUUUCCGAAGUCCGGCACAACUUGGCUACAGGAAAUUUGCUAUCUAAUCUUCAACGAUGGAACAUCUCCGACAAGCCACGUGCAGCGGUUGAAAGACACGCCAUUCCUUGAGAUGUUUGGCGCUGAAGCUGUCAAGCAGAUGCGUAGACCUGGAGCGAUCAAAACUCACUUAUCAUUUAAUCAUGUACCCUUUUCGCCGAAAGCAAAAUACGUGUACGCGAUUAGGAAUCCGAAGGAUUGCGUUGUUUCAUUCUACUAUCAUACCUCGAAGACUUAUCCAGCUUACAAUUUCUCUGAUGGAACGUUUGCUGAAUUUUUUGAGUUAUUCAUGGCUGGCAAGACUGACUUCGGCUGCUACUUUGAACACGUACGUUCGUGGCUUAAACAAAGGCACCGGAACAAUAUCCACUUCAUUUACUUCGAGGACAUGAAGAUAAACGGACCAGCCGAAAUCCUCAAUCUAGGAAGGUUCCUAGGCGAAGAGUAUGAGACGAAGCUAAAAGCAGGUCUUCUGGAAAAAGUUAUCGAAGGGAGUUCAAUCAAGAAAAUGAAGGAAGACUUCGACUCAUUCAAAAUCGAUGGCGAUGAGAACCUGCCCGAAGGAAUACGACAAUUUGCCACCUGCAAUGCACCUAAACCAGCGAUAGGGUCGAACUCUGCUAAUGAAACCGGCUUAGCCAAUGGUGUGACCGAGUUCAAGAACUUUGUACGUAAAGGGACAAUUAAUGACUGGAAGAACCAUUUCACGCCUGAGCAAAAUGAGCGUAUGGAGGCUAGGAUUUUGAAAGAAUUUGACGAAGAAUUCCCAGAACUUGUUCGCAAAUGGCGUACCUAUAAUGUAUUUGAUCCACUGCCCGUGAAAUAGAGUUACAGCUAGGGAUGAAAACGCGUGAGGACUGUGAUGUAUCAGCAUAAUACCGUGCUCAUUCAUCCUACCGUUAAAAGUCAUAUUUAACCCAAAUGGGAACAACGAAUCCGAUCCUGUUGCAGGGAUUACCCGCGAUUACAAGCCCGUACUGCAUAUGUGCUAAGGGAAUGUUUAUGUCAUACACCUGAACAAAAUUUCUAUUUUCAAAAUAAAAAAGCAUUUAUUACAAAGCAAAACCUUGUAAUACAAUACCCUUU